AUGAUUCCUGUGGAGGCAUGGAAAGCAUUAGGAGAUGAAGGGGUGGAUAUACUGUACGGUCCUAUGAUAAAGAUCCGUGAGCAGGAAAAGAUACCAAAUCAGUGGCGUGGGAGUACACUGAUCCUAAUUUUUAAAGAGAAAGGUGAUGUCCAAGAAUGUGGUAAUUAUAGGGAUAUUAAACUGAUAUCCCACACUUUGAAGAUACUGGAAAGGAUGAUAGAUGCCAGACUAAGAGAAGUAGAAAUAGACGUUGGUAAGAACAGCCAUGCUGUGGGGUACGGAAACAGCAAGCAUGAGAAAGCAGAGAAGGAGAGGGAUAUGGCAGAAAUGACAAGAGAGGAUAGGAUCAGAAAUGACUACAUAAGUGGGUCGAAUAAGAUGGUGGGAAUAUCAAAGAAAGAGCAGGAGAGGAGGCUGAGAUGGUAUGGACUCCUGUUGAGGAGAGAUGAGGUCCACGCUAGGUUCAAGGAAGAAGAGGGAGACCAAGAAAGAGAUGGAAGGGCUGUGGGAGAAGAGACUUCCAUGAGAAGGGAAUUGAUGAGGCAGAGGUGGACUUCUGUUUGUGCUAAGCAGACUCCACAUUCCUCUUCAGGCACCAGCAGUAGUCAGUCAGAAAGUUGA